CCUACCACAAGAGCGAAUAGUCGUUUCUUUAAAAAUCAACAAACAUUUAGUGCGGAUUUUUAUUAAUUUUUGUUUUUUUGUAUUAAAUCGUAUAGUACCACAAUGUCUAAUUCAAUUUGUUCAACAUCACCAGUGAUCCCAACAAAUAUUACAAAAAUUUUCAAAAGUGAUCAACAUGGCCGAAAAAUUACUAGAAAAUUGUUAAAAUUCUAUCUUGACAAACAAUUCUUUGAUAUUAUUAUCAAAGCUGGCAAAGAAGACUCUACCGAAAUUCAAGCUCACAAAAUUGUUCUAUCAGCUGCAAGUGAAUAUUUCUAUGAUUUAUUUCAUAAACAACCAGAAACUACUUCAAAAACCAUAGAAAUUCCCUUAAUCGAAGGCUCUUCACUCAAACAAAUUAUUAACUACAUGUAUUCCGGUAUAAUUGAUUUGAAUCUAGAAAAAAUUGACACACUUUUAGAAGAUGCAUUGUAUCUUGAAAUGAAAGAUCUAAUCGCUGGAUGUUCAAGAUUUAUGGAAGAAAAUCUCAAUACUGCCAACUGUUUACGUUGGUUGCCCGUAAUCUGGGAUGAACCUAGUUUAAUUGGAUUGCGAGAAAAAUUGUACAACUUUAUCUAUGCAAACUUUGAAGAAGCUAUUGUGAAAACUGAGUUUUAUCUUCUUGAUAAAGACAAUCUUAAAGAUUUGCUGAUAAAUAUGACUAAAGACGACUUGGGAAUGUUUGUUUUUCGUUGUUUAUAUUUUUGGAUAAACUAUGACAAACCUAAUCGUAAACAUCUAGAAUUUGAAUUACUUUCAAGCGUUCAGUAUAAAAUUCUUUCAUCGAAGUGUAUCAUCAAAAAUGUCAAAUAUAUUAGUACAAAAGUUGACGAAAACUGUGAUUUAGUUCAUAGUUGGCUGAAAUAUCAUUUGACACAGGAGGAGUUGAAAACAAACGAUCAAGACCAAGGAUCAACUUUAAUUUGCGAGCCAACAACUAAGGAAGAUGUCGAUAAAGUUCAAGUCCUUACUGAAUCAAAUAAGAAAGUCGAUAAAAUUGAAGCUAUUUAUUUCAACUUUUUUCAUGAAGCUGAUAUCAAAAGUUAUAACCGUGAAUUAAAAACCUGGAUUGUUGACUCAAGAUCACCAAGUUCUUUUGUUGAUAUUAAAAUUAAAAGACAUUAUUCUAUGAUUGUGAUUGAUGACAAACUUUACGUAGUUGGAGGCGUAAUAGAUUUAGCACCACAAAGAAAUGUCACAUGCAUAAAUUUGAAAACUUUUGAAUUCACUGCUUUACCGCCACUACGAAAUGCUAGACAGGAUUGUCAAUUGGCAAAUUUAAACGGAAAUUUAUGUGUCUUUGGUGGAUGUGGCAGAACAAUGUUCAUUGACACAGUGGAGAUUUUCAAUAAUACAACACAGGAAUGGAAGAUCAUAAAACCGCCAUAUAAACCAAAUACAUAUCAAAAAGUAACUGGCCAUAAUGGAAUUUUAUACAUUUUCGACUUUCAUUAUGGUUCGUUGCAUUGUUAUGAUAUUUCUUUGGAUAAAUGGACUAUUGAGAAAUUUCCAAUCGAUGAUAAUGUAUUAGAUUUUCGUAUAACAAGUUCUGAUGAUUGUUUGUAUGGUAUCUUCAUUGGUAAGAAAUAUGAAGAAAAUAAUCAAAGUUUUAAGAAAACUGAGGUUAAACGUUAUGAUUUGGUGACAAAAUCUUGGUUUAAAUUGGCUAAAUUGGAUAGAAAUAAUUCGACAUUUCAUAAAGUUACAAUUCAUGGAAAUAGAAUUUUGUUUAUUAGCAAUGAGUGUAAAAUUGUUGAGUAUGAUUUGGGCACAAAGGAAUUUACUUAUUUGACUGAUUUAAGUGAUUUAUAUUAUGAUUAUCAUAUUUUGCCAUUGAAAUUGUAAUUUGAUUUUGAAUAA